CGUUGGGGUGGGAGGUAACACAUGCCUAACACAAUCAGGGAUGGGACCCACGUCUGCUGCUCCUGCUGCUGCACCUGGACCUGCUGCUCGUCAGGAAGAAACGACAAGCAAGAAAAGAAGAAAUUGAGGGAAGGGGGUUUGAGGGGGCGGGCGAAAGGUAGGGUGAAAUCGCCAGCAUCAUCCUAAUGCAUAUACUCCUUUGAAGAAGUCCCCUCUUCGCCAGCAGCAGAAGAAAAAGGGCUCCAGUUGCAGGAUUUCGGGCAAUUGCAAAAAGACCCGAAAAGAAGUCUGGAUUUAAAAGAGAAACAGAAACACGCACGCAGGGCUUGCUGGAUUUUGCACAGAGCGGCCAUCUCAGCUGGAAGCAAUUCUUUGGGUUUGUUUGUUUUUUAAAACAUCCAUGGAGUUACUUUGUACCUACUCCUAAAAGGAGAGUAUCUUCGGAUCCUGCAAGGGGGAUGGUUCUGCCCCUCCGCAAUGGUACCGGAUUAAUUUUUGCAAAGGGAGAUUCCAUGAGCGGUUACGUUUCUGGAGCAUCACCCUCCACACCUCUUCUGUAACCCGAGGGACAUUCUCAACUCUUGGAGGACGCUCUUUCCCAGCCAAGAUGGAAGAGAAACGGCGAAAGUACUCGAUCAGCAGCGAUAACUCAGACACCACUGACAGUCAGACAACAUCAGCUUCAAGAUGCUCCAAAAUUCCAAAUACAAAAUCUGGUUGGUCAAGACAGAAGGAGAAGAAACCUUCAGAGGUUUUUCGUACUGAUCUGAUAACAGCCAUGAAGAUCCCAGAUUCUUACCAGCUGAGCCCAGAUGAGUAUUAUAUCCUUGCGGAUCCCUGGAGGCAAGAGUGGGAGAAAGGUGUACAGGUGCCAGCAAAUACAGAAACAAUUCCUGAACCAGUGGUUAGGAUCGUUCCUGUGUUUGAGCAUUCACCACAGACCUCACCAAGCAACUUAUCCAGUUCUGACAGUUUAGAAGUCACCAGAACAUACUCCCAAAGAGCAAGCCGCUAUGACCUGGAUGAAAUUGAUGCUUGCUGGCUGGCACUCUUCAAUAUGGAGCUUAAGGAAAUGGAAAAGCCGGAAAUGGAUGAAUUUACCCUGGAAAGAGUGAUGGAGGAGCUAGAGACGCUGUGCUAUGAGAAUAUGAACAUUGCCAUUGAGACAGAGGAGGGUCUGGGCAUAGAGUAUGACGAGGACGUGGUGUGUGACGUCUGUCGCUCACCUGAAGGAGAGGAUGGCAACGAGAUGGUUUUCUGUGAUAAAUGCAAUGUUUGCGUGCAUCAGGCUUGCUAUGGAAUCCUGAAAGUUCCCAUCGGAAACUGGCUUUGCCGUACUUGCGCCCUGGGAGUCCAGCCAAAGUGUUUACUCUGCCCAAAGAGAGGGGGAGCUCUGAAACCCACUCGGAGUGGGACAAAAUGGGUCCACGUUAGCUGUGCCCUAUGGAUACCUGAAGUUAGCAUUGGAUGCCCUGAAAAAAUGGAACCCAUUACAAAGAUUUCACAUAUCCCAGCAAGCAGAUGGGCUUUAUCAUGCAGUCUUUGCAAGGAGUGCACUGGAACAUGUAUUCAGUGUUCCAUGCCUUCCUGCAUCACAGCCUUCCAUGUAACAUGCGCCUUUGAACACAAUCUGGACAUGCGGACCCUUUUAGCAGAGAACGAUGAAGUGAAGUUCAAGUCAUUCUGCCUUGAGCACAGCAGCAAUGCCACUAAGCCACCAGAUGAGGCACGGACAGAUGUAGAUCAAGCUAAGCUAGACAUGGAAAAGGUAACAUUGAGGAAGCAGAAGCUCCAGCAACUGGAGGAAGACUUCUACGAUCUUGUGAAGCCCUCUGAAGUAGCUGAGAACCUUGAUUUAACUGAAUGGCUAGUUGAUUUUGUCUAUCAGUACUGGAAGCUGAAAAGGAAAGCCAACUGUAACAAGCCCCUGAUGAUGCCCAAAACAGAUGAGGUGGACAAUUUGGCUCAGCAAGAGCAGGAUGUGUUGUAUCGACGCUUGAAGCUCUUCACACACCUCCGGCAAGAUCUUGAAAGGGUUAGAAAUCUUUGUUACAUGGUGACAAGGCGAGAGAAAAUGAAACACUCCAUUUGCAAACUCCAGGAACAGAUUUUCCACCUCCAGAUGAAACUGAUUGAAAAGGAUCUUUACCCAGAGCAAACUGGGAAGAGAACAAAGGGAAGGAGAAGUGACCCAAAAAGAAAAGGAAGAGAUGAUAGAAAAAGUAGUCCUGAGAAGAAAGAGAAAAGGAAAUCAGGGAACGAGUUGGUACUGGGACAGCUGGGUUUGGCAACUUCCUUUCCCAUUGAUGGGACCUUCUUCAACAGCUGGCUCGCUCAAUCUGUACAGAUUACGACAGAGAACAUGGCAAUGAGUGAAUGGUCGUUGAACAAUGGCCAUCACGAAGACACCACCCCAGGCCUUUCUGAAGAACUUUUACAAGAUGAAGAGACCUUGUUAAGCUUUAUGAUGGAUCAUUCCUUGAAGUCCCCACUAAAGCAGAGUGACACCACAAAGAAAGCUAAGAGCAAACUGCGUACACACACUAAGAAAAAACCAAGAAAUGGCUUGAAUACCAUUUUCAAAAGUCACCAAGAGGAGGAUUCAGAUCAGUGGACUAAUGUGAAUUAUUUGUCAGACCACACCACAAAAUCUUUAUCUCAUGAUUUAAGAAACAGCAAGGCAGAGAAAGGUAUGGACAAGCUUCACCCAGAGUGCAAAGUGACAUGUGAAGUCAAAAAGACAACUAAGAAAGGUUCUUCUCAUCCUGCAACUCCUCUUUUGAAAGGAAAUGAUCCUCAAGCCUCCCAAAGUCUGAUCAGUAACCUACACAAUGAUGAGGAACCAGUGAAAUAUGCCCCUUCUGAUCCCAGCUCCAUGGUUAAAGUGCCUGACUCAGUAGGUAGCCCGAAAACAGUAGUGAGGUUCAAAUUACCAAAAGAGGGCAGAGGGACUCGCAGAUCGCAGCAUGAGAAGCCUGAGAUGGCUAAUGGACCUCCAGGAAGUGAAAGAGCAAAGGUUAUCUUACAUCCGUUUGACAAUGAGACUGAUGGCUACUUUUCUGAUGCAGAAAUGAGUGACUCCGACACAGAAUCUGGUAGUGGCAGAGGGCACUGUAGCCAGUUAGAUUCAGGAAAUGAGGAUAAUUUCAGAAUGAGCAUUUUGGCAUCCUAAUUCGCCAGAUAGACCAAUUGUGACAGCUCUGUGAGGCCUAAAUCCAGUUACAACUGCCAUGUCCAAUUUCCACCUGGUACCAUAACAGAAGGUUUUGGUUUGUUUUUAAUUUGUAUAUAUAGUUCAGAAAUGAGCACUGUUGUUUUUCCUCUAUAUGCCUGAGAAACAUCUAAAAGCUUCACUGACUUAGACUAUAUACUGUAACAGUAGUUAGCCCUUCUUAGUCAAAACUUGCAUAUCCUGGUUAAACGAAAUGCAAGCAUGUGCAUUAUUAUUAGGGUCUUGAGCUUGCUGGUAGUGAACACGACAUCCUAGAAUUUUAAUGAGGAGGUCUGAGAUUGCCAGUAUCUGUUGUUCAUGCAGGGAUGACAGUUUUAUGGGCAUUAUUUAAACAAAGUGAAUAGAUUUCAUGGUCUGCCUGGUGUUAUUGCCUCUGUUUGGCAGGGUGCAGAAUGGGAGUACUACUAUGGUAGCCAACUAUAUACACAGAACUUAAUGGAAAAGUAAAUAUAUACGUGUGUGUGUGUGUGUGUAUGCGUGUGUGUGCGGGAUUAGUCAGCGUGCAUGUCUGUGCGCGUGCAACCAUGAAGUAAAAUAAGCGAUUAUUUUUUAAAGAAGCACAACAAGCUUAUUUGAAGAAAGCACUUAAUGGGUGGAGGAAUACAGCAUUGUAUUUAUGUCUAUUAAAUCCUUGAUUUUUAUUUUUCACCUCUCCAGUUCAAUCAGAGUCCGUCCAAAGGGUCAAGAACCAAGAUUUAGCCCCAUCACUCCAACUAUCGGCUGGGCAGCACUAUAAAUACACAUCCGAGGCUCUCAGUAGAUAGAAGAAAUACAUAUCUGUGUUAAAGCUGCUCUGCUCUCUAUCAGUAUCCCUCCUGAGUAACUUUGGGUGUUAUUUAUUGAUAUAACCUAAACUUUCAAUUUUCUGAAGCAAUUCCCAUAAUUUGCUCAGGUUGAUUAAAAUAGCCUUUUACCAAAACACUUGGACAAAAAUGGAUAUCAGAGAGUGAGAACAGAAUUUUGCUAAUCAGAGAGGGAGUUAUUGGAAGGGGUUUUCCCCCCUUUAAAUAAUCAAAUCACUUCAGUUCCCCAACUUGGCAAAAGAGCUCAAGUCUGUGCUUUCAGCAUAAAUAGUCAAAUUAUCACUCACCUGCACAGGGACUCUACCCACAAGCUUCCUUUGUACUGAAGUGGUUAUUUGGCUGUUGAUGCAAUGUCAUUGAGUGACAAUUGAAACAUUUGCCUUUGCCAUUUGGUUUCUUUCUCUAAACAUUGUAGCUAAAUUGAUGGCUUUCUCCCCUUUUCAUCCUUCCAUUUCAAAACUGAAAUCAAGAGUAGCAAGCCAUCAACUCAUCAUAGGAGGGUGAUUCACAGAAGUCAACAUCCUCAAUAUUACAAUAAUGUUGUGCAUAAAUUGUCUCUAAUAAGCCUUAAGUGUCAUUCAAAAGCCCAUGUUACCUAUGAGUCAUGCAGAUGUUCAUGUUUGCACUUAAUUACACCAUUACUUCAGUUUUGGCUUCAAAGGUCACAGUUAAGGUUUGCUACAUGCUUUAUAGGAGUGACCCCAGUGUGAGCUCAGGGAACAAAAACAAAAAGAAAAGUGAAAUUCACUAAAACUUUUUGUUGUUGGUGUGUUACUUUUAAAUAUAUAUAUAUAUAUAUACAGUAUAUAUACUGGGACACUUCUGCUUGUUUAAUCCAUCACUUUCAAACUGGGGGAGACAAAGACCUUGCAGUUGUUCAGCUGAAUCAGUGAAAUUAUUUUAUGGAUGCCAAAGAAUAUUUUGAGAAUAAAAUAGCACAGCCAGAAACCGGAAACCUGUCAUUUGAAGAAGAAGAAAAAGAAUAAAAACUGUUUCACUACAAAAGGACUAAAACCAUGUUCAUGACACAGCUGAGGCAUUAGGUGGCAAGCUUGCUGAAGAUGAUGCUUUUAUCAUUUGGACCACAUCCCACCAUUUUGAUUUCUGAUGCUCUGUGCUCAUUCCAGUCUGAGCAAUAUUGGUUUUAUGUGCUCCGAUGCCAGGAAUUGGCUGUUCUUGGUUUUUGAGAGUCAGUCAUUUUACAAGCCUUCCAAAGUCCUUAAUAUCACUCCAGUUGAGCUACAAUUUGGAGAAUCAUGAUUCUGAUAAUAAACCAAAAUCAGGAGCAAAACACAUGUCGGUGUUUCGCUGAUUUGAGAAGUUUUGUUUGCAAAAUGAUUUUUUCCGUUAGUUCCACUGUGACUAAAGUGGAACUAUUCAAUAUUAGCCUAACCAUUAUGGGUUGGCAAGUAAAUUCUGCUCUAAUCAAGGCUUGAUAUGUUCAGAUAAUGUUAAAUACAGUAAAUAGGACUUAGUUUUAUCUUAUCAAGCUUGCUAAGCUUUAGCUACAAUAUCCUAGUUAUGUCAUACAGAUAAUCAAUAUGCUGCCUUUUAAUGGAUCUCGCUUCCGUGUGCUUCAGUUCAACUAUAGCUAAAAACAAGAGAGAUAGAAAAAUCCAGAAAUCUCACUGUACACAGCUUUGUUCAUCAGCUACUGCAUUACUUGCCUGCUCACCCCAGUACAGGACAGCAAAAGGACAAACUUUAAAGAACAACCAAACUAAAGCAGCUCCUUUUUUAUAAUGAUGAUGAUCAUCAUCAUCAUAUGUAGAACUGUGAGACACUCCAUUGUUACUGUGACUAAGAAGUCAUUCUGAACCAAAAGUAAGUUUUAAAGUAUGGCGGGGAGAAAGAAACACUUCAGCUUACUCUAGCAUCUCCAUUACACUCAUGGGGCUAGGUAUCUAAAGUCUCACGAAGCCCUGUGUGCACACCCGGAGUAUUUCCCCAGAUAGAAGAGAAUGGUGCAGACCCUACUUGCAUGAAGUUCCACAGAGCAUUGGAACACUGACUUUAUAAUAUAAAGUGUAUGCAUAUUUGUACCUAUCAUGAUUUUUGCAAUCAGGGAAUUUAAGAGGGUCAUAUUUGGCUUGAGGGCAGAGUUCACUAGAAUGACCAGGGAAAAGGAAUUCAGCACUGUUCCUGUUCAGAAUUUUUAAUUGGCUACAUUAGGAAAUAUAUUACUGUAGCAGUAGGAUACAUACUUCUUUUACCUUGUGAUUUUGGUAAAAUGUUGGUAUUUUUGUAUAAGUACUGAGGAACUUGAGUACUUUUGGUUUGGACUCUUUAUAAUGUUCUUGGACUCGUGGUUAAUGAUCCUAACUUAACAAAAGAGCUCUGUAGAUAUGAGGAAGGCUGGUGCGUGCCUUGGAAUCAGUUAUAAUCUCUGGAGUUGUGCAGGAGUCCACCUGCCACUUCACUAGUAUAUUUUAGUAUAACGGUGUAGUGAAACAAAUAGUUAGAAGUUGCUUAGUCCUGGCUCUCCUCUUGCUUCUGGUUCUGGAUUAUCCAGCUGACUCCACUAGGAAGUUGCUCAUAGCAAAAGGUAUUACUAAUGAAAAGGGAAUGUUUUCGGACAGUGAAGAUCCUCUCACUUUGUUCUAAAUCUGUUCCAACACUGAUUCUUUCACAUUGCCUCUAUAGCAUCAGUAUGACGCUGGAGGCUGGCUUGUACUCACUUGAUCACCAUCUGCAUUUCGGUCCAGUUCUUUUGAGAAGCCAUUCUUCUUUUACUGUUUAUAGCACAUGCUUUUUUCCUGCAGAAACAACAAAAAAGAUUUGCAUAAAGGAAGGAUAAAUUGUACAUGGAAAAUAUUUUUGAUGCACUGUAAAUGUAUUUUGAGAUGAAAAGAGAGAAAAAGCAUACACGGUCUAUUUUAUUAAGCAAAGGUUUUUAAGAUGAUGUGUGAACUUCAAGCAUUGCCAUUUGCACUGUAUCAGGAGAAUCCCAUUUCCUUUACGACAGCAACACCAUGCUUAUGUAUUAAUAUGGUAAUAGUGAUACUCCUUUUUGAUUCAGCGGCUAGAAUCAAACUUUUGUUUUUAAAACCUCAGUCUUGAAUGGGAUUUCCUGGUGGAGACCAUUUAGAUCUUCUCACACUCCUGUUCCCCACUUAGGUUUUCUGGUCUAGCUGUUAACAUGGCAUAUUUUUGCAUCAUUGUAAAUUGUUAAUAUCUAUUAUUUAAAAGUAAAAUGAAACUAAUAUUUGAUCAUUCUUUUCCUCAAAGCACAAUGGAGAAUGAGCCAUUUCUGCAGAAGGAAUUUUUCCCCUGAACCACUCUAAAGGUUUUUGUAACCUGUCACAAAAAGACUCAAUUUCCUGUUACCAGGCAGGUGUUUUAAUUUGGUUGUUCUUUAAGGAUACACUUGUAUACUUUGCUCCAUUCCACACAGACACAAUACAGACCCACUCCACAUCAGUUACAGAAAACGAUAUGAAUGUCACAGGAGGCAAAGUCCUUCUGUUUUCUUUGUUUCAAAGAAAGUGAUGUGCCAUUUGUUAAUAUAAAAAGAGAAAUAUUGAAAAUAUAUUGAAAAGAGCAAUUUUAAAUUAUUUUUGGCUUAUGUUGCAAUAUUUAUUUUCUUGUAUUAGAAAUUCCUUUGUAGAGAAAAAAUGUAUUUUUCAUUAAUGCAAAAACCUAUUUCUCCUUUUUGUACGUUUUCCAUGUUAGUUAAUCCUUAAAGCAAUAUAAUGUAUCAAAGUUGUUCUGUGUGAAAGCUGUAUUAUGCAUGCUGUUUGUGUUGCCUUGGAAUAGGUCUGUCUGCCAUAAUUUUCAUCAUGUUUCAAUUCAGUGUAUGCUUUAAUACACGUAGGGACCAUGGCCCAUUUGCUUAUGACAAAAAAAUACCUUUGCAUUCUUCAAUGUGUUGGCAAAUGCAGUCAAUAAAGCCGUGUUUUUGUGUA